AUGGACAAGUUAGCACGGCCAAUCCAGCUAACAGUGAAAGAGGUGCGACUGCGGUUAAGAGCUGAACUGGAUGGCCGAUUAUAUCCUUCUGGAAUUUCAAACUGGUCAGGCUCCACAUGGACAACCUUGGCAGUGACAAUGAUAUCUGUCAGCAUGACCUCCUGGAUAGUCUAUCGCAAAAAACACUCGGACAGCCCAGGAUCGGAUCGAAGGUGCAGCUUACUGACCGACCUGUUUGUGCAGGCCCUCCUACUCUCAGGAUGUGUGUUUGUCUCCUACCUGUGCGACUCGCAGCGAGGUGGGUUCACCGUUAAAGGGCCGGAUUACCCCACCAUCGCCCUCUUGGGGACAGACGUGGUUCUGAACUGCUCAGUGGUAUUCCACAGGGAGGAGUCGAAGCUGCAGGUUGAAUGGAGCAAGCCGGAAUCCGGAGCCAAGGUUCUGGUGUGCGAAGACAUCCCAGAAGGUCCGUGCCGAGGCUACUGGGCUGGGGUGCAGCACUUUGAGGGCGAGCUGGUGUCAGGAAACAUGUCGAUCAAACUGCAGGAGGUGAAGGUUUCCGACGCUGGGAAAUAUCAGUGCGCUGUCGCAUCCAGUAGCUAUUCCAGCCAUGUGAGCCUGGAGCUGAGCAUUGUGGCUAUUGGAACCAAACCAACCUUAUCGAUAAGGCAGUCUAGCGACAACAGCUUGGAGUAUACUUGCCAGUCAAAGGGCUGGUUCCCUGAACCGGACGUCAUCUGGAAAGACAGUGAUUGGAAGAACCUGUUGCCUUUGUCAACAGUGGCCAAAGUCAGAGACGCGCAGCAACUGUACGACGUGAAGGUCCGAUAUCGGCCAACUGGAGAUGUUACAUCGUCUGUGACCUGCAUCAUUCACGACAGACUCCAUAACGUCAAAGAGGUGUCGACUGCACGUGUGAAUGGUCAGUUAGUGCAACUUCCCAAGUUUAAGGCUGGGUUUCUCUCCCGGAGUAUCCUGUAUGGAAAUUGUCCCCUCAUUAAGUGA